AUGACACCCUCUGUGUUCUCACUUCCGCCAUCAUCUCCGCGCAUCGAAACGGCCAGGACGUUCCUAGCAGCAUUCGCCGAUCUCUCAACCAGCCAACACCUCUCCGUCCGCAGCGACGACUGCAUUCAAAUCUUCGCACCCUCGUCACUCAAUCCGCCAGCUCCAAAGGACAAUGCGACAUUUGCGUCACAUCUGGCCGGGCUGCGCGACGUCAUGUCCGGGUUCCCGGUGACGGCGAAGGAGAUGAUCGACUCAGAAUUCCAGAACGCAGUGACCAUCUGGGCGACCAGCGAGGCACAGUUCCACGACAAGCUCAAGGAUGACGGACUGUCUGCGGACGAGUGGAACUAUCGUGGCGAGUAUGUGUUCAUGUUGACCAUGGACGAGACGGGACGCCGGAUCACGCGCAUUGUCGAGUUUCUCGAUAGUAAAGCCACGGAACGGUUGAGAGGGCUGAUGGCCAGAGCGAGGGACAAUCUCGAAAAGCUGCUGUCUCAAGACGCGAGAUCGUGA